AUGGUCGGUUGCAAGUCUGGUUUCCACCACGUAGAACAGCAAACCGAAACUGAGCGCAGCAACAAUGUAGACAACCGCCUGGGUGGACGAGGAAGCCGUGAAGAGCAGCAAAACGCUCGUAAUCAGCAACGAAAGCGUGAUGGAUCCGCCAAUGUCGAUCUUCAAAAAGUUCUUUUUGGAGAACCGGUUCUUGAGCCGUUCCUCGGCGUCGGUGGUGUACUCAUGAAUAUUUCGCGAGACCAGCAAAGCGGCAAUGACCACCAACGGAACCUGCAAACCAAACAUCCAUCGCCAUCCGUUUUUCCCGUCCACCCCCAAACACAGUCCACCAAGAACGGGGCCAACAAACUGGCCCAGUCCGUACAUCAAAUUGGCGUAUCCUUGAAAGAUUCCGCGCAUUCUAAGAGGCACCACGUCGGUGACGAUGAUGGAGCUCAACGCCGAGAUCCCGCCGCCGCCAAUUCCCGCCAAAGCUCGGGCCAUGGUGAAUUGAGUCACAGAUUUCGAACAGGCACACAGAAGACACCCGAGACCGAACCAGAACUGGGCAAAGAGCAGCGUGCUUCGACGGCCAAACAGCUCGCUCAUUUUCCCCGUCAACGGCUGGAACACCGCGUUGGUGAGCAGAUAACUCGUUCCGAUCCACGCGAUCCCGUUCGAGUCGUGCAGAAGCGAAGCAAUGGUGUUUGCGGUGGUGGACACGAUUGUGGUGUCUGCAGCGGACAAAAACGAGCCUGUCCAGAGCGAAAUGAUUAUGAUCGCCAAAUUGGCCGGUAA